UCAUUUAUGAAACAUGGGUAGUUGACUUAGAAACUAUACAGUUGAACCCUAAUAGCAAUAUUCUUCUUUUCUACAAACACAAACAUCCCAAAUAAACCAGGUGCCCUAUAUUACUAGCCUAGAAAAAAUAUUUAUGUUUCCAAGGACAGCCAUAACAGUAAUUUUUCAAUGGAAAAAUCCAUGCUGAAAUGCACUCAAAUACCAUGCGCACCAGGCAUUAGUUGUGAUCAUAAAAAAUGGGAUAGUGGCAGUAGCAUCAAGCCCAUUUCUUGUGGUUAUGGAGGUAAUUACAAUUUCAAAGGGACCUCUCUUAAACUUUCCUUGCGUUCGGAUUUAAAGCCCAUUUUGUGUUCUGCCAAAGGCUCAGGCAUAACAAAUAGAAGAGGUCUCCUGUUCACAACUAUAAGCUCUUCAAAUAAUGGAGGAGAUGAUGCCCCAGAUCAAAGCAAACAAAAUAUCAGUAUAUUUUCUGUAUUUGCAGGUAUAAUUGGGUAUUCGAUUAUGCUUUACAGGGGGGAAAAGACUCUUGAAAAAGUGGAAGAAAAAGUAGAGAAUACCGUGGAAAUUGUGGAAGAAGUGGCAAACGCUGCGAAACGUGUUUCAGAUGUGACCGAAGAUCUUGCUGAGUUAAUAGAGAAGCAGACCAAAGAUGGGGGCAUUGUUCAUGAAACAGCUGAAUUUGUUGAGGAAAUCUCAAAAACAGUGGGCAGGGAUGCAGAAAUUGUGGAAAACCAAGCAGAAAAAAUAAAGAAGACAAUAAAGAGCAUGGAUGAAGAAGUGGGCAAGGCAGAAGAUGCUGUAAAGCAUAUUGCAGAAAUAAUAUCAGAAGAAAAAGUUAGUAAGGAGACAGAUAAAGACAUGGGUACAUCAUAGAAUUCAUCAAUCCAUGGCUUCAGUUGAGGUCGUUUCAAAAUCUAAAUUUGGGGAUUUUGGUUUUAUAGAAUUUUUGAGGAGAUUCACAUGGUUACUUUUCUGGGCAACAAAAUUGUCACCCAAGAUAUUGGUUGUGAUUUUGUUUUGGUGAGCAAUUGAUUGAUACAUCUGUAACUUGUUAUUCUCAAUUCAUGGCGUCAUUAACGUCAUGAUGAUGAAGAAUUUGGGGGAAUUGCUGCAUUGGAUUGGUAAAACGUCAACUGGAAGGGAUUGUUAAUUUACUAAAACCUAUUGAAAAACAAAGCAAGUUCAUCAUUAAGAUUACGAAACUUGUCUUGAUUCUUUCAUUGUAUGGCUUUCUUAUGGUUUAUGGUUGACAAAUAUACAUACCUUGGGAGCAUUAGUCCUCCUUAGAAUA